AUGCGGGAGUCGGCGGGAUCCAUCGUCACUCCCUACCUGGGGGUUCCCAGCUCUGAAGUCGACUUCUUCCACGUCAUCCCUCAGAUCUACAAGAGGAUGCAGGAGUCUCAGAAGAGCGCGGCCAUGGCAGCGUACGGGCUGGGCAGCGUGUACUCAGCGGCCCUGGUGAUAGCGCUCACCCUGCUGGGCUUCCUCCUCAUGCUCCUGCACAGCGAGCGGCUCAGUCUCGCCUUCCUGCUCCUCUUCCUGGAGGCCUUUGUGCUGCUGCACAUCCACGCGCGCGCCAGGGAGCCUUUUUCGGUGCCCUGGUAUGCAGUCAUCUCCUGGCUCCUUGCUGCUUCUCAGUUCUUCUAUUCCACCGGCCACCAGCCCAUCUUCCCAGCCAUCCACUGGAACGCAGCCUUUGUGGGCUUCCACCUUGACCACAGCACGAACCUUCUGCCUGCCGUCCUGGUGGGCGCCAACACCUUUGCCUCCCAUAUCCUCUUUGCAGUUGGCUGCCCUCUGCUCCUGCUUUGGCCCUUUGUGUGUGAGAUGCCCAGCUUGCAGAGGAAGAAGCCCAAGAAGGAGCCUCAUGAGGAGCUGCAGGAGGCUGAGGAGCACAUGAUGGAGAUGAGGCUGCGGGAGUCCCCAGAGAAGUUCUCCACUGCUCUGCUGCAGCUGGGACUGAAGUAUCUCUUUGUCCUUGGGACACAGCUUCUGGCCUGUGUUUGUGCAGCUAUGAUCCUCAGGAGGCACCUCAUGGUCUGGAAGGUCUUUGCCCCAAAGUUCCUCUUUGAGUCGCUGGGCUUCGUGGUGAGCAGCAUCUGCCUCCUGCUGGGGAUCUCCCUGGUGAUGCGUGUGGACUGUGCUGUCAGCACCUGGUUCAGUCAGCUUCAGCUCAG